AUGCAGAGAAUUCGCCUCAAUCAGCCUCGUCCACAUUUUCCAAAGAGGUUUGAGAAUUUAGACAGUGAUAAGAAAAUCGUUCCCAAAUUCCGUUUUAAAUUUGGCAGAAAAAACGUCAAGAAAUUCCGUGUAAAAUUUACAGGUGCAAUAGACUUGUUGGGACCACAUUACUUAGGAACAAUUGGCAAUUUCCUAAAUGGCUGGCAUUGGUCUAAAUCUCGGAUUUUGAACAAGAAUCAGGUAAUCGAAGUAACCACUAUGUUACAUUCAACUGGGAAGAUAUCUGUCUAUUAUGAUGAAAUUCCUCAUGAUUUGGGGAGAUAUAAAAUGGAAUCGAUCGUUGAAGGUGUAACAUAUUGCAAAAGAGGUGGUAUAAAAUACUAA